AUGAACCCCAAUAUCAACAUGGCCGACCGCGGUGAAGGCUUUCUGCAGCGUUUGUGUCUCACCAGGACACCAGCAACAAAGCAGUGUAUUUCUAUUCGUGGCGGUGGUCAGCUGAGCAGACAGGCCGACGGCACACGCCACGGCUCUGAGUGUGAAGGAACAGAACAGCUGCAAGGUCUGCUGCUCGGGUUCCACAAGACCACCAACUCAUCACUGAACCAGGGCUAA